CCGAGUGAAAAUGAACAAAUAAAAUCUGGGAAAACGGAUAACUUCUAAUACAUGGCCGCGGCAUCCGCUGCCUUCCACCACCACUACUACAGCAGCUGCCGCUACUUCGCAUCGGACGUAUCAAAAGCCGCACUUGUAACAAGGAUACACACACCACUGUUGUUCGCUUCUUCGGAAAGACCUCGCCGUUACCAGCUCUAUUUUGCUUCCACUUCGCCGCCGCCGCCGCCGGAAUCCAAUGCCACAGCUUCCACGGCCGAGUCUUGCGUCAAUUUGGGUCUUUCUCUGUUUUCUAAAGGACGGGUGAAAGAUGCUUUGGAGCAGUUUGACUUGGCACUUACUUUAGAUCCCAAUCCUGUGGAAGCUCAAGCUGCACUUUAUAACAAAGCUUGCUGUCAUGCAUACAGGGGGGAAGGUAAAAGAGCAGCUGAGUGUUUGCGCCUUGCUUUGAAAGAAUAUAACCUCAAGUUUGGCACAAUCCUAAAUGAUCCUGACUUGGCUUCCUUUAGAGCAUUGCCUGUAUUUAAGGAGUUGCAGGAAGAGGCUAGGCUAGGCGGAGAAGAUAUUGGGUACAGUUUCAGAAGAGACCUGAAGCUCAUUAGUGAGGUCCAGGCUCCAUUUCGAGGGGUUAGAAGAUUCUUUUAUGUGGCAUUUACUGCAGCUGCAGGAAUAUCUCUGUUAUUCACCAUACCAAGGCUAAUCCGUGCAGUUCAAGGUGGAGAUGGUUCUCCUGAUAUUUGGGAAACUGCAGGAAAUGCUGCAAUCAAUGUUGGUGGUAUUGUUGUUUUUAUAGCUUUGCUCUUGUGGGACAACAAGAAAGAGGAGGAACAGCUUGUGCAAAUAACAAGGGAUGAAACGCUGUCAAGGCUUCCCGUUCGCCUUUCAACUAAUAGAAUUAUCGAGCUUGUCCAAUUGCGCAACACUGUGAGACCUGUUAUUUUGGCUGGGAAGAAAGAAACAGUUACUCUGUCCAUGAAAAGAGCUGAGAGGUUCCGCAGUGAGCUAGUCAAGCGCGGAGUCCUUCUAAUUCCAGUUAUAUGGGGUGAUGGACGAGACCUACAGACACCGAAAAAAGGAUUUGGCCUUUCUCCUAAGACAUCCGCAUCUCUGCCUUCUAUUGGGGAAGAUUUCGAGAAGCGAAGUGAGUCGAUAAUUGCGCAAUCAAAAUUAAAAGCAGAGAUUCGGUUCAAAGCAGAGGCAGUGUCACCAGUUGAGUGGGAACAAUGGAUUAGAGAUCAACAGAAAUCUGAAGGUGUCGCUCCUGGUGAAGAUGUAUAUAUUAUACUUCGUCUAGAUGGCCGUGUUCGAAGAUCUGGAAAGGUUUUACGGCAUUUAUUCAAUUCAUAGCCUUUUCUUGUUCUCUAUGGAAUUUACUCUCUGGCUCUAUCAUUAUUAUUAUGUUUCAGGGGAUGCCAGACUGGGGACAGAUUGUCAAGGAGUUACCUCCUGUUGAAGCACUGUUAAGCAAACUUGAAAGAUAAUACUUUGUGUUUGUAAUCCAUAAAUCCACUGCCUUUUGUGAUUUUUUUUUAAUUUUAAAAUACAAGAAUGUAUAGAGUUCUUGAACCUCAUCUCAUUUUGGAAUUUUCAUCUUUAGUCUAUUGGGAAGCAACAAUUCACAAGUGGAUUGCUUCAAAUCUUCAACAGAAGUUUAUAUAUGAAUCUCUCUACGGUAUAAAACCUGGACUCUUUUGAAGGGUAUUUGACAAAACAGGGUAGAUUCCCUACAGACCAUUCCAAAAAAUGUAGAUUUUGGUCCACAAACCAUUCCGAAGGCUGAACGGAUUUGGCGAAUAUGUUGUUCUAUUUUAAUUAAAAAAAUAUUAACAUAUACGCCACAUGUGCACACUCAUACAAGCAUUGUGGAGACGUAUAUAGCAUAUUACUUCUUAUAACAGUUUGUUAGAUAAGUUGGUUAGAUAGUUAGCUACGUUGACUUUGCUUUCCACUCUGUAUAAAUAUCUCUGUACACCAUUACAUUCAGUCAUUCAGAUAUGAAAAGUUUAUCUUCUUCCAC